ACUGAAGUCUGUUAGCCUUAACAUACAGAUUCUAGGCUUUUCAGAUAUUUUCGUUGAAAGCAGUUGUGUCUUGCGGCUUAUUUUACCCAUAAUUAAAACUCCAGAAAUUCAAAGUCUAACGCUAUGGCAAGCAGUCCAGCGCCGGUUAAAAAGGUACCCAUCCACCUGCAAAGCGCCCAGAAUCGCGUCUAUAUCAAAAAUGGCGAAGUUGUCAAUCAUGAUAAGUCUUUCAAAGCUGAUGUUUACAUAGAAGAUGGCAUCAUUAAAUUUGUGGGACCAGCUGCUGAUAUAACGGUACCAGGUGGUGUGCGUGUUAUCGAUGCAAGUGGCAAACUAAUUAUGCCUGGUGGCAUCGAUCCACAUACACACAUGCAAUUACCUUUUUGCAAUGCAGUUGCCGUGGAUGACUUUUAUCAUGGAACCAAAGCGGCUGUAGCUGGUGGCACUACUAUGAUAAUUGAUUUUGUAAUACCCAACAAAAACGAAUCUAUGAUCGAGGCUUAUGAUACGUGGCGCAGUUGGGCUGAUCCUAAGGUCUGCUGUGAUUAUGGCCUCCAUGUGGGCAUUACUUGGUGGUCCAAAUCGGUAUCGGAUGAAAUGGCCAUACUUUGCAAAGAGCUUGGCAUCAAUUCGUUCAAAACAUUUAUGGCCUAUAAGGGACUUUAUCAGCUGAACGAUUCUGAUAUGUUGGAUGUUUUUGAGCGUAUUCGAGGCUUGAAUGCGGUAGCUAUGGUACAUGCUGAAAAUGGUGAUAUUAUUGCCAAAAAUGCAAAACGUUUGUUGGCCGAGGGCGUUACUGGUCCUGAAGGACACGAACUAUCUCGGCAGGAGGAAGUGGAAGCGGAGGCCGUAAAUCGUGCUUGUAUUUUGGCUCAUCAGGUUGAUUGUCCCCUUUAUGUGGUCCACUGUAUGAGCAAAUCGGCUGGAAUAGAAAUAUCUCGAGCCCGUCAACGCUACAGUGGAAAAUAUAUUUUUGGUGAGACCCUCGCAGCGGCUCUGGGUACAGAUGGCUCUCACUAUCGCUGUCAGCAUUUCGAUCAUGCGGCUGCUCAUGUGCUGAGCCCUCCUCUGAGACCCGACAAGACAACUCCUGAGUUUCUGAUGAAGUUGCUGGCUAGCGAUGAUUUGCAGACGACAGGCAGUGACAAUUGCACCUUCAACAAGAAACAAAAGGAACUUGGCUUGGGUGACUUUACAAAGAUACCCAAUGGUGUCAAUGGCGUUGAAGAUCGUAUGUCUCUGGUCUGGGAGAGGGGUGUACAUUCCGGUUUAAUGGAUCCCUGUAGAUUCGUGGCCAUAACAAGCACAAAUGCAGCUAAAAUAUUUAAUAUUUAUCCUCAAAAGGGACUCAUUGGUGUCGGUUCGGAUGCUGAUAUUGUUAUCUGGGAUCCGAAGGCCUCACGCACCAUUUCCAAGGAUACCCAUCAUCAUGCAUGCGGUUUUAAUAUAUUUGAGGGCAUGACUGUUCAUGGUGUUCCUGACUUUGUAUUGGUUCGUGGACGAAUCUGUGUUGAGGAUGGAUCAGUUCGUGUUGCCGAGGGAUUUGGACGAUUUAUAUCCACACCGUUGAGGCCGUCGUUUGUUUAUGAUAGUAUUGAGAGCAAAACGGAGUCCGAAGAGGGACAACAAGUCGAACAACAGAAUGGCAAUGUGGCCAAAAAGUUAGUCGAGAUGGACUCCCACAUAGUUACCCAAGAGCCACCCUCUACAAUGUUCUCAAGCAACUCGACACCCAAUUGCAAUAACAACAACAGUAACGUUUCAAAUGCUCGUGGACGCGUGGAUGGUAAACGGGAUCUGCAGGAAUCAUCCUUUUCCAUAAGCGAGGAAUUGGACAAUUCAAACGUACGUUCAUCCAUUAAAGUUAAGAAUCCACCUGGCGGAAAAUCUUCUGGAUUUUGGUAGAUGGAAACUUACGGAAACGUUGCAAGCUACAGAAAAAGUUCAGUUUUCCUAUUUAAAUAUUGUAACUUAUUCAUAUAUAUGUAUGUGAAAUGUAAAACCCACUCCUAAAUGAUUUUUAUAAAUAAACCAAAAUUGGACAGCGAAUUUAACUCA